GGACCUACAACUAUCACACGCGCUUCCACCAGUGUCUACUCCCGUGUGUGAGGUAUCUACGAAAGCUUGUCAGUGAACCUGCCAGUGAAUUGAACGGAAGGAAUGAUACACGGAAGUAACUCCUGUCUCAGUAACAUGCGAGCCACGAUUGCCAGGGAACUCGAGUCGUCCAACGACACUUACAGCUUCAGCCCUUGAACGAAGCGCCUCGGUGAUUAAUAUGGAAUGCUUCGGAACAAGGUUGCCGUGUCGCCGAGCUUGCUGCACCAAAGUAAUCGCGAUUCUUCUUGCAAGCCUCUGAACAGUCCGUCAUGUCGCCGCCGGUGGUACUCAUUACUGGAUGCUCGGAGGGCGGGAUCGGGUACACAAUGUGCCUCGAGUUCGCCUCCCGAGGAUGCAAAGUCUACGCCACGGCGCGCAACACAAGCAAGAUGAAAGGCCUCGAGCCCAUAGCCAACGUGGAACUCAUGGCCUUGGACGUCACGGUUGAUGCGAACGUGGAUGAGGUCGUCACCGAGAUCGCCCGCAAAGAAGGUCGGAUCGAUAUUCUCAUCAACAAUGCUGGCAUGGCCUGCUUUGGUCCGAUCCUCGAAGUUCCGCUGAAGCAGAUCAGCGAGGUCUACGACGCCAACAUCAUGUCCAUCAUCCGCGUCACUCGCGCUACUGCCCGGCACAUGGCUGAGCGCAAGUCGGGGCUUGUGGUGAACAUCAGCUCGAUCGUUAGUGAAAUUCCCACUCCAUGGUGCGGUGUCUACGCUUCCUCGAAGUCCGCCGCACACGCCAUCAGCGAAGUACUCCACAUGGAGUUGCGCCCGUUCAACGUGAAAGUGAUGCUCGUCUGUCCUGGAGGAAUCCAGACGAAUGUCGCUCAGAAUGCAUCCAACCGCUUCGAGCUGCAGCCUGAGUCACUCUACACCCGGUAUCUCGACUGCAUCGUCAAGCGGAUGUGGGCCAGUCAAGGCCCUUCCUCGAUGAAGGCCGCUGAUUUUGCAACCCUUGUGGCAAACAAAGCAAUGUCUCCAAACCCGCCCUUUUACCUUACAAUGGGUUCACACUCGACGCUUUUCGCGCUCUUGAAGUGGCUGCCGCGGAUGACCGUCUUGAACUACAUGUGGAAAACAUACGCUACUCCCAGCAAAUAAGUGUAUUAGCGUAGGCGUUGUACGUAUUUCAAACAGCUUUUUCAAGGCCUUGACCUGUCGGAGCAUGUGAUCAAUUAUACGCGACUAAACGCGUGACGUCAUCGAGUCGUCAAGGCGAUCACGAGCGUGGCCCCAACUUUCUUAAGAGUCCAAGCGCGCUAGUUCUUGGCUUAUAUAUUGCGCUUGUCCAUCGGCCAGGUCACACGAAACCCCUUUUAUCCACUUACCAUGCCAGGAACCAAACGUGCCGCCGCUGACGACGGAACGACCACCACGUCUCCCAAGGCCGCGAAGAAAGCCAAGCCAGACAGCCCUGCGGCGAAAAAGGCGGGCGCCGCCAAAGGCAAAAAGGGCGCCGCCGCGACGAAAGCCAAGGCCAUCCCCACCUCGGACUUCCAGACCAUGGCCCUCCCACUGCACGUCAACCUCACGCACACGCCGCCCAGCAUGCCGGCGUCGGACGCCGAUGCGGAGUCCACUGUAGCCGUCGCGCCGCUCGACCCCGGCCACCUCGGCAGUCUGACUCUCAUCCCAAGCUCGUUCAAGACGGGGAGCUAUGGCUGGAAGGGCAACAAGCGCCUCACGAUUGAGCUCGAAAACUCGGGAGAGGGCGGCAAGAAGGAGAAGGUCUCUGUAAUGCUGACCAUCAAUGCCACUGUGUUGGGCAGCAAAGGGGCUGACAAGGAGGAUGCUGAGGACGCGGAAGCUGAUGCUGUUGAGCAGGAGGCCGAAGAGGCCGCUGAAGAAGAGUGAAGUCACACUGGAACAACACAAACAACAGUGUCUCAAACUCUAUUUACUGGAUCUUUUGUAUAUGUACUUGCGUCACGAUUUCUAUCCAAAGCUGUCUAGCUACAAUAUUUGAUUUCACCGGGACAAUGUUGC